AUGCCAGCGAUUGCAAGUCCUGCAAAGGUACUCGUCUCCGGCGCGAACGGCUUCAUCGCCGCCUGGGUUGUCCGUACGCUAUUGGACCACGGGUACUCCGUGCGUGGUGCGGUGCGCUCAGCAAGCAAGACGACACACAUGCAUAAAGUCUUCAAGGACGAAGUAGACAAUGGUAGACUGGAGUUCAUCGUCGUUCCCGAUAUCACGGCGCCUGGUGCAUUUGACGAGGCAGUGAAGGGAGUUGAUGCUAUUGAACAUACUGCUUCCCCUUUCCGUUAUAACUCGAGUGACCCUGCAGAUUACAUUGAUCCAGCUGUGAAAGGAACCGUUGGCAUCUUAGAAUCUGCGAUGAAACAUGCGGGGCCACAGCUGAAGCGUGUAGUUGUUACGUCUUCGGUCGCAGCAGUUCAUAAUCCAGAUGCAGAAGGGUUGCAGGAUGAGAGUAACUGGAACGAAGGGAGUAUUGCAAACGUCCGUGAGAAAGGGAAAGAUGCGUCCCUAGUAGACAUGUAUUGCGCAUCUAAGUCGCUUGCAGAAAAGGCGGCGUUCGAUUUCGUUGCCAGAAAUUCGGUCGCCAUUACAUGGGAUCUUGCUACAAUUUGCCCUCCAUUCGUUUUCGGUCCAAACUUGAAUGAAGUCCACUCUCCUUCGGAUCUCGGGACGAGUCAAGCGGUCUUCUACGAAGCUCUCCUUUCAAAGGCCAAGACUCUGGACGAGCUGGCUGAUUUCUGGGCCGGCUGGGUCGAUGUUCGUGAUGUUGCACUCGGUCAUGUUCGUGCGCUAGAAGUUCCAGAGGCAGGAAGUCAGCGAUUCAUCAUGACUAGUGGCAGCUUCGUGUGGCAAGAUUGGCUCGACGCUGCGAAUGCUCUGGAUAUGCAAGGACUCGAUGUCCCCAAAGGAAAGCCUGGUUCGGGGAAGACCUUCAAGUACAAGUUCACAUUCGAUUCCACGAAGGCUCGCAAUGUUCUUGGAAUCCAGUUCCGUGAUAAGCUGACGACGGCUAGGGAUACGAUUGAAGAUUUCAGAUCGCGUGGUUGGUAAAAUUUU